GGAUCUCCGCUCUAGAUUCUCAUUGCUUUCUGUUCUGUCGCGAACGUCGCACCACUUUCGCGCUUAUAAUGUUUACAUUCUCGUGAAAUCUGUGCCAGUGAAGGGACUGAUAUAAUAACUCAUCAAAAUGGCGUUGUACUAUGAAGAUGGUACACCGUAUGUUUUAUUGGGAGGUCAUAGAAUACAAUUAGAAAGAGAGCCGUUUACGGAAGAGUAUUAUGUAAAAAAAGCGGAAAAGGAACUAAGAGAGACGCCGGAAAAUGUUGAAAAUGGGCUAAGAGAGUUACGGGAACUUUUAAAAGGAGAAUUAAACCUGAUUGUACCAAUUGAAGAUGAUGUGUUCCUGAUGAAGUUUUUGAGACCAUGCAAGUUCUACGCUGAUAGUGCUUUUAAACGGAUAAAAGCCUAUUACAAAUUCCGUUUGUUAUAUGCAAACUACUGCAAGGAUCUCACCCCGAGAGCCACUCAGGCUGCGUUCCAGAACUCCAUUGUUUCCAUGCUGUCACCCAGAGACAAGCAAGGCCGUCGCCUACUGUUUGUGGAAUCUGGAGAACUUUGGAAGCCACGUGUGGUACCACUUGGUGAAAUGUUCCGUGGGGUACAGAUAGCCUUGGAAUCCGCAUUGGAGGAACCUCGGACCCAAGUAAGCGGGGUCAACGUAGUAAUAAACUUAAAAGGACUCUCGCUCUCGCACAUUAUGCAUUUCACGCCAUCUUUUGCCAAAAUGAUCGUGGAUUGGAUACAGGAUUGCAUACCCGUCCGCCUAAAAGGAGUGCACAUUAUAAACCAACCAUACAUUUUCAAUAUGUUAUUUGCACUUUUCAAACCAUUCCUAAGUACAAAGUUACGCUCGCGGAUACAUUUCCACGGAUCUGACACAACUUUGCUACUAAAAGACGUAGAUGCCUCGCAACUGGUUGAGAGGUGUGGUGGAACCCUUCCGGAAAGUGAGGAAACUGGAGAUGUAAUGUGGAAAAUGCUUUGUCACUAUGAAGAGGAUUUUAAAACCAAAAUCUCUCAUGGUUACGUCGAUAAUAACAAUAAAUGUUGAUGCCGCGACAGGGUUUUGUUGGGAAAGGGACAAUAUCAGCAGGUGUGGUGACUGCCCCGGCAACGGACGAACUUAUAGGGGUCAUAUGCUCUCUUUUACAUUAAAUAUUUGUAAGUUUAUAGCCGUCAAAAUAAGCAAAGUUUUAUUUUUAAUCGACUAAUAACAGAACUCAAUUUUUGUGAUAAUUUAUAGAUAGUUUUCUUAGUCUUUGACCGUUGAGCGAGUAUGACUCCAUGUUUACAGCGCGAAUUUAUUUGGAUACAGUUAUAUAUCUCUUGUAUGUACAAUAAUAUAUAGUGGGUUCGUGGUUUUAAUGGUUAAUAUAGUAUUUUUAAGACAUAGUACAAUUAACUCUAAGGUGCGUCUUCCAAUACGUGUACACUCUGAUUCAAGAUCUGCAUAUUUGUUCUUUGAUUUGUGAUCCAAAAUAAGAACCCAUAAACAAUAACAGAUAAUUUAGUUACUUAAUAUAAUACUGGUUAUUAAUGUAUGUGACAAUCUGAAUAAAAAUGCAUUUA